UGAUCAAGCUGCAGUGAUUUAUAAGGAUGAUGUCAGACAUAUUACUUUGCCUGGCUAUAGUAGCUACCGCAAUCCAAGCGGCUGAGUACAAAAUCACCCCUCAUUUAUACAAGGACGAGCUGUACUUAGACGAGGUCUCAGACUUCUCGCUUAAGCUCGACCAGACCACACAUUGGGCUUUGCAAGUAGAACCAGAGAAGUCAGAGGUAUCCAUAGAAAAUGCGUUUGUUCAGUUCAUAGACCGUCGUGGGGAUGGUGAUACAGAGUGCGACACAUUUGAAUACGUGCCUUUGGUAGGAUAUGGGGAUAUGUCCGACUUGCAGCAGACAUUCGGUGCAGCUUCCAAUCAAGUGCGCUUUGACAUCCGCAUAACCCCUGCGCUGGCAUGUGCUGCGAUGACGAAAAAGAGGAGCGAGGUGGUACUCACAAGCACAGUGAUGGUAGACUAUUUAAUCGCUGGUAUGCGGAGACGUCGUCAUAGUAGUGGUACGAUAGUCAGUUCUAUGGCGAAUGUGCACAGACAGAGGCGAGUCAGCACCGACGAGACCACCGUUACAGCUAUCGUUCAGAUCACAUACACGCCUCAAGAGCUUACAGAGGCGUUGGCAAGCGAGGCCCAAUUAAAGACAUCGGUUGCUGUGAUGAAGGGCACGGCUGCCGUGAUCUCUAUGGGAAAAACAGUUCUUAUCUACACCGUGGGAGGGUUACUGCUAUUGCUGUGCUGCUGUUUCUGUUGUGGUGCGUGCUGUGGUGUGUGCUUCAGCAAUAUCCGCAAUAAGCGUAAAGCAGCUAACAGUGGACAAGUGGUGGCUGAUUCGCGUGAAAUGGACAGUAACUUGACCAUGGUCAGAGACGAGCAGAGUCGCAUGUCCUUCCAGUCAGAUUCGGGUGCGAAUGUCAUCAAUGUUAACGUAAAGAGUGCGGAAGACCUGCCACCAGGAUACAGCGUGGAACCAACGCUUAAACAAGAAAACUUAGAAAAUAAGCGUGUAUAGUUUUCCUCUGGUGCUCACAUGCUUUGUCUUUCAGAUGAUUGAGAAUGCUGCGUACAGACGCUUACGACAGUAUAAACAAAUACUGAUUUGACAUUCCAUGCACAUUUUACGGUGGAAUCGAAAACAGAAUUAGAGAACAAAUAAACUACAGCGUCUCGCCGCGACCAAUGUUACACUAUGCUGCGAAUAAAUACCAUCUUUUCCCAGA